AUGGAUUCGGACUCGGAUAUGGAAAUGGAGGUUGACGACGUGCCGGUUCAGAUGAAUCGCUUCAAGCACCAAUCGCGCGCGGACCAGCUGAAAAGCGUACACGCGCCUACGGCCCUCGAUCUAUCCAAGUUCAACAUGGACAUCGGACCUCCUCCAAUAACUAGCUCACGACCUGCGCACGACCCUCCCCCCUCCUUCACAUCCAUUCUCUCCACACUCACCGCCCUCUUUCCACGCGGCCUCGAGCCACAAGCUCUCACGCGCUCCUCGCUGCGUUAUUAUCAAUGA